AUGGGAGUAGCAAGUGCAGGUACCCACCCGCCAUCCGUGCAUUACUCACCGGCUGAGGCAGUUUCCUCUCAAAGCAUCGUGCGCCACGACCAGCCACCAGCUUUAGCCAAAUUGGUGACUGCUCCAGUAGCCAAGUUAACUGUCGCAGCCCCUAUCUCCUACCAGGCUGGCCCUGGCGCAGUGGCCUACCAUAGUGCAACCGCUCCACUUUCAUACCACGCCGCACCAGCUCCCCUGACCUACCACACCGCUCCUGCACCUGCAGUCUACCAAGCUACCCCUGUCCAGUAUGCAGCACCUGUCACUAAGAUCCUCGCCCAACGCGCAGAAGAAAUCUCGCACCCGAAGUACGAGUACUCCUACUCGGUUGCUGACGGUCACACCGGUGACAACAAGUCUCAGCAAGAGUCCCGCGACGGCGAUGUAGUAAAAGGAUCGUACUCUUUCCACGAAGCCGAUGGCUCUAUUAGAACCGUGGAAUACUCCGCUGAUGACCACAAUGGUUUCAACGCAGUAGUGCACAAUACUGCGCCCACGGCCACUCCUGCAAUUCUCAAGGCGCCUGCCUACGCUGCACCGGCAACUGCCUUAUACUACAAGCAC